AUGGGGGACCUCCCGGCACCACGAGUUACUCCAGGCCGGCCGUUUCUGCAUACCGGCGUAGACUACGCCGGACCGAUUUGGAUGCGAACAGCAGGGGGCCGCGGACUCAAGGCGACAAAAGGUUUUAUUGUUGUCUUUAUUUGUUUAGCUUCCCGAGCAGUCCACCUCGACGCGGCCUCGGACUACACCGCUGACGCCUUCCUUGCCGCCUUGCGUCGGUUCGUCGCCAGGCGAGGAGUCUGCCACUCGCUAUAUAGCGACUGCGGCACCAACUUCGUGGGUGCCGAUAAGCAGCUUAGGCAACUAUUCUCCGCCGCCAGUGCCGACGGACAUCGCAUCGCAACCUUCGCCGCCCAGGAAAGAAUCCGGUGGCGGUUCAACCCGCCAGCUGCACCUAACUUCGGCGGUUUAUGGGAAGCUGCCGUGAAAGCGAUGAAGCACCACCUUCGGCGAGUCAUCGGUGACGCCACCCUCACCUACGAGGAGAUGACUACUCUCCUAGCCCAAAUUGAGGCCUGCCUCAAUUCCAGACCGCUGCAGCCGUUGUCUGACGAUCCGGAGGAUGUAGCCGCACUCACACCUGGUCACUUCCUGGUCGGCUCCGCUCUCUCGGCGAUCCCCGAACCGUCGCUCGAACGAGAGCCGUCGGCACGUCUCUCACGGUGGCAGCUCCUGCAAAACAUGAAGGACCAUUUCUGGUCUCGGUGGGUCAGCGAAUACUUACACACGCUGGCCCAUCGGCCGAAAUGGUCCCGAAUUAAUCAGGAGGCUCGCGUCGGUCUAAUCUGCCUCGUGCGAAACGAAAUAACACCACCAAGACGGUGGCCGCUUGCGCGCAUUACACGACUGCAUCCAGGUUCCGACGGUAACGUUCGCGUAGUCGACGUCCGCACCUCGACCACAAAUUUGACGCGUCCCGUGAACAAGUUAGUCUUUCUGACCGACGGCUCCGAAGACUCACUCGAAUCGCAAUCACGCGUCGUCCGCGUUUAA